AUGGGUGACCUUGACCUUGAUCAGCCACAGGCCUCAAACCCUGUCUCAUCCUGGCAGACAGCUCAUAUCCACACGCGCCCCAAGUCCUUUUCAACAGAUAUCCUCAUUGUCGGCGGCGGUCUCGGAGGCGUCGCAGCAGCUCUCGGUGCUCUUCGUAGAGGUCGCCGCGUUUUAUUGACAGAAGAAUACGAAUGGCUAGGCGGGCAAUUGACGAGCCAAGCGGUGCCACCAGAUGAACAUACCUGGGUUGAGCAAUUCGGUGUUACGCGCUCGUACCGCGCUCUGAGAGAUGGCGUCAGGCGAUAUUACCGCGACAAUUACCCUCUGACAGAAGAUGCAAGGAGGAGACCUCAGCUGAACCCAGGUGCUGGACAUGUCAGCAAGCUUUGUCAUGAACCAAGAGUUGCAGUGGCCGUUCUUGAAGCCAUGCUAAUGCCGUUUAUUGGCAGCGGCUUACUGGUUGUCAAGAAGCGAGUCAAAGCUGUUUCUUGUGAUAUGCUAGGACAGGUCGUUCAAUCUAUAACAUUCCGGAAGCUAGAUAUGCAGGACACUUUUACCGUCGAUGCGAAAUAUGUCAUUGACGCGACAGAACUUGGGGAUUUGCUGCCCAUGACGAACACUCCAUAUGUUACCGGCUUCGAAUCACGAAAGGACACGGGAGAACCAAGUGCACCCGAAGAAGCACAGCCUCAGAACUCACAGGCGGUCUCUAUCUGUUUCGCCGUGGACCAUAUCGAAGGACAAGACAAUACGAUUCCCAAGCCUGAGAAAUACGAUCACUGGCGAAAAUGUCACCCCGAUUUCUGGGGGGCGCCACUGCUAGGUCUCAAAGCACCUCACCCUCGAACCCUGGAGAUCGUGGAACGAGAGUUUACGCCGAAUCCUAAUGAUGAUCCAGCUUCAGUCAUAUCCGAUCAGCGCAAGUCUGGCGGAGACAUGAAUCUCUGGACAUUCCGACGUAUUGCGGCCAAGGACAACUUUACGCCUGGAUCUUAUCAGUCUGAUAUCUGCCUUGUGAACUGGCCCAUGAUUGACUACUUCGAGAAACCCAUCAUCGAUGUUUCUGAAGAUGAACUUCAAGAGCGUCUUGCUGAAGCGGCAUCCUUGUCUUACAGUAUGCUGUAUUAUCUACAGACAGACUGUCCCCGCGCAGAUGGAAAAGGUACAGGCUACCCUGGUCUUCGGUUGAGAGGCGACAUCACCGGUACAGAACAUGGCCUGGCCAUGGCGCCCUACGUCCGGGAAUCGCGCCGCAUCAAAGCCGUUACAACGGUCGUCGAGCAAGAUUUGUCCCUUGAUGUCCGCGGUUCCAAGGGUGCAGUACACUACCCUGACAGUGUAGGCGUAGGCAUGUACCGCAUCGAUCUUCACCCAUCCACUGGUGGAGACAACUAUAUCGACGUGGCAUGCUGCCCAUUCGAGAUCCCCCUCGGAGCUUUGAUCCCUCUGGAGAGACCAAACCUUCUCGCUGCAUCUAAGAAUAUUGGCACGACACAUAUUACGAAUGGAUGUUAUAGGUUACACCCUGUGGAGUGGAAUAUUGGCGAGGCUGCGGGCCUGUUAGCAGCACAUUGUCUCGAUCAGGAUUUAUCACCGCAUAAUGUGCAGAGGAACACAGAGCUAUUUAAGGGGUUCCAGGAUAUGAUUGUCAAGGAGGGUAUUGAGACGGAAUGGCCUGAUGUUUCCGGAUACUGA